AUGGUUAAAAAGGUCACCUUGCGCGAUCGAGUCGCUCAGGCCUAUCAUGAUUAUGGAAGAGUAUGCUCAGCUCAUCCUAUAGCAUGCUUGAUUGUAUCCAUCUUGACCAUGUUUGUUCUAUCGUAUCCAGCUUUUGUCAGAUUUCGUCUACCAGUGUCUAGUCCUAUCGAUGUACACUGGAGCAGUGAACCUUCGUUGCAGAACUCUGAAUCAGCUCCUGAAUGGCUGCAUGCUCCGCCUGCUGCUUUUUUGCAACAAAUCAUAGUUAGAGGUUCAGUUGAACCUUGGAACUCCAUGAAUUUAACUGCCGAGCAGGCAGUAAGAGGACCCCUGUCUCGAUCUUUUCUCAUACGAGAUUUAUUGCAAAGCAAUCCUGCAAUAGAUUCCUCUUGCUUUCAUAUCUCCAGACCAGAAGGAAAUUCUUACUUGCCUCAUAAGGGAUGCCUUAUACUCUCACCUACACUUUUUUGGGAGAGCUUCGCACAAUUUAAAUUAGAAAAAGAUGUGCUUCAUACAAUUUUCGCUCCAACAUGUACUCCUUCUAUGUGUGUACGAGAUAUCUUACUAGGAAUGCCUACAGGUCUUACCGGGAUCAAACCCACUUUUCAAACAAAUCGUAAAAGAUCAAUUGAUUAUUCGGUCACUCUUUUCUUAGCAGAAUACAAAGCAAGUACUCGAACAGCUUUAAAAACGGAGCUAAAUAAAACCAAUCUUUUUACUCUGGAAGUUUCUAGAGAGAGUGAUGAAGACACCUUCGUUCAUGUAUUCUAUCGGCCACGGAAAUACUUUGUGGAUUACUUCCCGAUUACAAUGACCUAUUUCAUUUUCAUGAUUUAUUUGUAUUAUUCAGCCAGUAAGUUUGAGAUGGUAACAUCUAAAUGGGGAUUGGCACUUGCUGCUGGUUUUCACGUAGCCGCUACUCUGCUUAUGACCACUGGAAUAUGUGCUCAUGUAGAUAUGAUGCCUACACUCUGGGGUGCUGAAAUAUUUCCUUAUAUAGCUUUCAUCCUAUGUCUUGAGAAUACACUAUGCAUAACUCGAUCCGUAGUAAGCACACCUCCAUCUUUGGAUGUCUCGUCUAGAGUUGCAUAUGGUUUGUCACAAGAAGGAUAUUCUUUGUGCAAGUAUUUCGUCCUGGAACUCAUCUUUCUUGCUGUUGGAUAUAGUACCCGAAUGGCCGAAAUUCAAGAGUUCUGUUUUUAUGCUGCUAUUGGUUUAGUUAUUGAUUUUUAUAUGCAGCUAUUCUUUUAUGCACCGUGUCUAACGUUCGAUCUUCAACGUCUUAAUAAACAGGACAAAGAACGCUUCUCGUUGAUGCUUUUCAGCAGUGAUGUCCCACUCCUGAAGACUUACCCUGUAGUAAGUUGUCCCUUCCGUCGUAUUUGGCCUCGCCUGUUUGAAAUGAAACGUUUGAGGAAAAGAACCUUUUCUGAUUCUCAAUUAGAUGAACCUAUAAUAACGAAUGAGAGAAAGUUUCGAGGUUUUCGCCGAUCUAACUCUGUCAGUAAAACCAUCGAGUCCUCUCAAGACGGUGUAGACCUAAUUUCUAAAGGAGCUACUAGUCUCCGUUUGCGUUUCAUUUCAUUUGUUACACGCACAAGAAUCAUGCAACGUUCUUUGAUGAUAGCUUUUGUCAUUUGGACUGCAUGGUUAGCAUUUGUAGUUCAUUCGAAUAGGAGCUCAGGAAAAAUAGGAAUAUCGAACAGAGUCCUAGAAACUGCGCCGCAGGCAUGGGGUGAAUGGCAGCGGAGAACUUUCAAAUGGUGGCCAACCAUGUUUAACGAAUAUAAUAUCAGUUUGUCUGGGCACUAUAUCACUUUCUUGCCUCCCAUUGUGCUAAGCACUAAGAUUAAUCCAAAUGAGGACGUUCUACGUUAUAACGAGGAGAUAAUAUUAGAUCGAUCCCAGCCCUCAAUGGAAUCACGCUUCUCAACUAAAGAGCCGCCCAGUAAUCUUCAAUCUCAGAUAUAUUGGUUAGAAACACAAUUGAAGGUGUAUAUGGCAUCUUUCUUCAUACUUUUGGUCCUUUCUGUUACCAGUUUUGUUUUAUAUGCUUGUGUUUGGAGUAAAUGGAGGGAUGUAUGGUUCAAACCAAUUUCAGAACAGAACAACAAAACUGAUACUUCGAAGAACAGCCUCAGAGAUUAUAUUCAUGCUCAUUUCCAAGGUCAUCGAUUUCCGAUUGAGUGUGUACAAGUUAUUCCUAACAAGCUUAUUUUGUCCUCUUGCCAAGAAGGGAAUUUGUGUCUAUGGAAUUCGGAAACAGGCGAAAGAGUUCUCAAAAUGAAUCGACUUCGAAUCCCAACAAAUCCUUCUGACCCACCUCCACCAAUCCCACCUAGGAUUUGGAGUAUUGCUACAAUAAGUGAAAAUGUGGUAGCUCUGGGUUGUGCAGAUGGUUCAAUAGAGAUAGCUUGUUUAUCACGGAACAAAUUGAUAGGUGUUUAUCUGAAAUCUCUAAUGGGGGUUAGCCAAAUAGAGGCUCAUAACAAUGAAAUAAUUGCUGCCCGUAUUGAUGGAACGAUUGAUUUCAUUAAUCUUAAGCUAACAGGGGAAAAACCAAUUCGAGUGUCUUCUAUCGCUUUGAGAAAUACUGAGAAAAUGCACAAGACCCCUAUACGAAAAAUGUGUCUUCACAAAGAUUUACUCAUAACAACCGGUACAGAUCCUACUAUUAAGGUGUAUCAUACCGCAUCCUCCUCAAUAAAAUUCAUACUCAAUGCUCAUCACAGCACUGUAUGCUCAUUGGAGAUUGAUACUGAUUUGAACAUCUUAUACUCAGCAUGUGAAGAAGGAAUAGUUUGUUGGUGGAAUCUUUCUACUGGUUUGCUUAUCAAAUCCGCCGAUUCUAAUUGUCGAGAUUCCAUACUGCUAUCUGUGGCUCAGAGCUGCCUUUUGGGGUUCAGCACCGAUGGGGUCAUUCGUAUGUGGUCAAAAGAAAAUGGACAGUUAAUGAAUAAACUGAGAUCUUUCAACGCUUUGACAAUUGAUAGCCUUGGAUUAGCAGCCGUGAAUGAACGAUUGGCUGUUACCUUCAAUAGAAUGACAAUAUCAUUCUGGGAUAUAAGCGAGAGGAUUUUGAUCACUCAGGUUAAUAUCAAUGAGAGGAUCCAGUCACUCUAUCGUUUCGACGAUUCGUCUGUACUAUGCCAAUGUGGAACAUCUUUUUAUAGAAUAGUUUUACCCGAGAUAAGACUUGAUUAG